AUGUCCGGACUCGACGUGGAGGCUCUUCUUGAGUCAACCGCUGCCACCGCAGAGGCACCCUCAAAGCAGGACGAAACUGACGACCGCUCCCGAGCCGAUGCUGAACGCCGUGACCGCGACCGUUCUCGUGAGAGACGUCGACGCCGCGACCCUAGCCGUGAUCGUCGCCGUGAGCGAGAUGGAGACGGCGAUGAGGAUAUGAAAAGCCCGCACAGCGAACUUGGCAGUGCUAACGGGAGCCAUAGAAGCCGGAAGAGAAGCCGGAGCCGCGAGAGUGACCGACGUCGCACUCGUCGGGAUCGUUACGAAGAUAAUCGCUCCAGCGGCGAUUUCUACCGUGGAGGUGGACGCGCCCAUAGCCGUUCGCGUUCCCCCCGUGAUGAACGGCACUAUCGUCCUCCACGUCGUGAGCGUGGCGAUGAUGAACGCCGCCCUCGCCGUGAUCGUGAUGGCCGUCGCAACACCCCUCGCCGGAGCCCCAGCAAGUCCCCCGAACUAAAUGAAGAUGAGCGGGACAAGCGAACUAUCUUCGUGCAACAACUUGCUGCACGUUUGCGAACAAAAGAGCUGAUGGCCUUCUUUGAAAAGGUUGGCCCCGUAAAGGAGGCCCAAAUUGUUAAAGACCGCGUUAGCGGACGAUCUAAAGGUGUCGGUUAUGUCGAGUUCAAGAGCGAAGAAUCCGUGCCCGCUGCCAUUCAACUCACUGGCCAGAAACUUCUAGGCAUUCCUAUUAUCGCUCAGUUGACCGAAGCGGAGAAGAACCGCCAGGCCCGCAACCCCGAGGCCAGUUCAGGUCCUCAGCACUCCGCGCCAUUUCACAGACUCUAUGUGGGUAAUGUUCAUUUCAGCAUUACUGAAACAGACCUCCAGAAUGUCUUCGAACCGUUUGGCGAACUUGAGUUUGUCCAGUUGCAGAAGGAUGAAACUGCUCGCAGUAAAGGUUACGCUUUUGUCCAGUUCCGUGAUCCUAACCAAGCACGAGAAGCAUUGGAGAAGAUGAACGGUUUUGAUCUUGCUGGUAGAGCCAUUCGUGUUGGCCUUGGCAACGAUAAGUUCACCCCGGAAUCGAAUUCAAAUCGUCCUCAGGGCCCUUCUGCAAACCAACCCAGUUUCCAGGGCUCUUCAUUCUCCGGUCACGGAGGACGUGGCGUUCAAGCCGGCGGCUCGAACAACUUCGACCGUGCGGGUGGCCGCGAAUCCGAGAAAGGCGCUGGCGCCAGUGCCCUAGACGAUACAGAUGUGGCGGGAGUAAACUUCAACAACUAUAGUAGGGACGCGUUGAUGAGGAAACUUGCACGAACAGAUGAACCCGAGCCUUCUGCCGACGAACAGCAGAAGAUCCUUCGACCCAAGACCGAGGUUAAGCCGCUGCCUGUCAAUGUGAACAUGGCUAGUCGAUGUGUUAUGCUUCGCAACAUGUUUGACCCCUCUGACGAGGAGGGAGAGGCUUGGAUUAAAGAUUUGGAGGAUGACGUUCGCGGCGAAUGCGAAGAAAAAUAUGGUCAUGUUGUUCACAUCUCAUUAGAUCCGAGCUCCCAAGGCGACAUCUACCUGAAGUUUGAUCGCGUGCAGGGCGGCGAGAACGCCAUCAAAGGCCUGAACGGUCGUUUCUUUGGCGGCAAGCAGAUUACUGCCCAACCGGUUGUUGACGCCGUUUACAGCAGUUUGUUUUCGCGCACCAAAGCCAUCUAA